AUGGGUGCCACAGCGACUCUCAGAUGGAUGGCCUUCUUCAGUAUGUUGUCUAUGCCAGCUGUCUCAGGGACUGCACGAUAUAGUCAUACAACCACAGGCAUUCUGGUAGAAUACAGUCAUUUCUAUGGGGCUACACCAGAAGACAUUGCCGUGAGUUAUAUGCUCAUCUAUGACAUGGAGCUUGCACCUAUUUUCUUGCUGAAACCAUCACUAACAUUCCCUUUUUUCCCCAUAGAAACCACAGCCUAUCCUCCUACAUCAGUUUCGGGAACAAAUAUUCCUUGUGGUGGUUUUCUUCCAUAUUCAAAUGGGAUACUGGAAAGUCCACUGUAUCCUUCUUACUACCCAAACAAUGCAGACUGCGUAUGGGAAAUCAAAGUUGGAAGCAAUUACCUGAUAGCACUUACAUUUCAAAGUAUGAUCACCUUUACAUCAACAUCCAACAUGAUGACAGUCAGAUUCCAUAGUGAUCAUAGUGCGACAGCAAGAGGAUUUUUGGCAAACUAUCAUUCUAUCCCUGCAGAUCAGAACACAACUCUGCUUUGUUUACCGGAAUAUAUGCAGGCUGUUGUUAGCAGAAGCUACCUCAGCUCCAACGGCUACUCAGCAUGGGAUGCCCACCUGCCCGACCCAUACUGCAGACCAAAGAUCACUCCAUAUUAUGUCAUCUUCAACAUACCAUACAAUGGCUGUCAGACCAGAAGAGAAGCAGGUGCUGAUACUAUUAUUUAUUCAAAUCUGAUCACGGUAACUACUUCAAGCACCCCAAUUAAAAGAAACCGGGAUCUUCACUUGCAUUUCAACUGCAAAAUGCUGCAAAACACGUGGAUAGAAACAAUGUAUGUUGCUCUUGAUCCUCUGGAGCUCAAUGAGACUCAGUAUGGACAAUAUGAUGUGAACCUUACAUUUUAUAACUCCCAGUCCUUCCUGUAUCCAGUCUAUGAUAUUCCUUACUAUGUUUCAUUAAAUCAGAAGAUAUACCUGCAACUGUAUCUUCAUAGCUCAGACUCAGAUCUGCAGCUGUUUUUGGACACAUGCAAAGCAUCACCCAACCAAAAUGACUUCACAACCCUGACUUAUGAUAUCAUCAGGAAUGGGUGUGUUCAAGAUUAUACCUAUGAGACCCAUUAUUCACCAUAUAGACAUAUCCUUCGGUUUUCCUUCCGAGCCUUUGACUUCAUUCGUAAAUAUCCAUCAGUUUACCUGCAGUGUAAAGUGGUGGUUUGCAGAGCCUAUGACUAUAAUUCCCGAUGUAAUCAGGGCUGUCUGCUAAGAUCUAAGAGAGAUACAAGCUCUUACCAGGAAUUGAUUGAGCCAAUUAAACUUCAGAAGAAUGGCAUUCAGGAACACAUAUUCUG